AUGCCGUCCGUCAUUGGCAAGGCAGGACCUCCUGCAGACCUUCGUCGCUUCAUGGAGAAGAGGCUUGAUGUUCAUUUAAGCGGAGGAAGAAGAGUAGUAGGAGUAAUGCGUGGUUAUGAUACAUUUAUGAAUAUAGUAUUAGAUAAUGCAUUAGAGCUAAGAGGAAGAAAAGGAAUAAAUAAACAAAUAGAAAGAAAUGAGUUAGGUAUGGUUGUUAUUAGGGGAAACUCUAUACUUGAUUGGGAAUGUCUGGAUAAAGUUAGACCAUAA